GGGCCAGGGGUGGGGGCGUGUGCAGAACAGACUGGAAAGGCACUCCCAUUGGUGAUUCUGAAGGCCAGCCCCCCAGCAGGAGCCUGCCGAGGACAGGAGAGGGCAGGAGCGUGGAGUCCUGGCAGCCACUGGGGGAAGAGGCGGCAAUGGCAGGGCCCCAGUUUCCAGACCCAGGCUGGAGGAAGGGAAGUGAGCCUGGCGCGGGGGCUGGAAGAUGGGGUGGCCAGUCCCUCCGCCUCCUCAGCCCAGCCUCCAUCCCUGUCCAGGAAGGCUGACUCAGCCUAUUCUGGGGCCCAGAACUUUCCCUGUGCUAGACCCCGGGGCCUUUGUCCCCACAGUCAUGAGGUCUGGGGGGUGGGGAUGCCAUGGAUAAAAGGCACUAGAGGCGGCUCCCGCAUGCCUCAGAGCUGCUGGCCACAUGCAGCCCCAGACACAGCCCCUGGCCCACGCCCUCCCUUUCUCCUUCAGACGAGCCCUGGGAGACACUGGUCUCCGGGUGCCUGUCAUGAAGCUGGGCACGGGGUGGGAGGGCCUGCAGCAGACCCUGAAGGAACUUGCCUAUAUCAUCCUCUGCUGCUGGUGUAUCAAAGAGCUGCUGGAUUGACAGGGGGACAACCUCCCUGAGGCUGGCAGCUGGCGGUGCUCAGCACCCAGCCUGGCCCCCAGCAGGACUCCCAGGACCAGCUGCUUGGCCAAGGAUGGGCCACAGUUUCGAGUGACACAUGCGUCCUGCUUCCAGUUUGUGCCGUCUGUCUGCCAGUCCUGCGUCCCUAGGCCUCUGCUCCCCGCACCCACCUCUGGUAGACCUCCGGGGCAUGGGAGCUUGGCCUGCUGGCUAUGACCCCAGGAAGACUGCUGCAGGACCUGGCCCGUCUCCAGGCCUGGCACAGGGAGCCCACCAGCCCAGAUGGUUGAUUUUUCCAUCCUCUCAGUGCCAGGAAUGGGCUUGUCCCCUGUCCCCUAAUAUCUGUGUUUGAGAAUCAA